GGGCAGAGUUAGGCUGGGGAGUUGCCGCUGGCUCCGUGGCGGAGGGGUCGUGCCUCGAGUGCCCAGGUUGCCGGGAGGAGGUGCGUGGGUCCGGUGGGCUCCAGCGGGGAGGGGGAAGGCAGGGCAGGGCAGGGCCUGGCCUCCCCUCAGGCUCCUUCAUCGCCGGUUUGCUGCGGGAGCAUCGGCCUGGCUACUUCUGAGAGAAGAAGCGGGACGUCGGGGUAGAUGGUCCCUACUGCGGGCAGGGACUUGUUAUCCCAAAAGUUGCUCAUCUUAAGUAAACUCUUUGACUAUGUUCUGAGUUCCCGGAAAGGGUGCUGCUAAACACACCUUUAUUUUGCUGAUAAUGGAUGAAGAGAGUCUGGAAGCAUCCAUUCAGACCUAUAAUGCCCAGCUGCAGCAAGUGGAGCUGGCUUUAGGGGCAGGCCUGGACCCAUCGCAGCAAUCGGACUUGAUUAAGCUGCAGGAAGAUUUAAAGCAGCUGAUAGAACUGACCGAAUCGAGCCUGGUGUCUGUGAAAAAGAGCAAACUUCUGGCUACUUUAGAUACAAAUGCCUCCUCUUCCCCAGGAGGUCUCCAGGAGCAGGCUGCCAACCCAGACUCUUCCGCCCAAGAUGAGGAGUAUGCUGCUUUUAGGGAGGCCAUUGCUGAGCUUGGAACUGAUGGGACGCCUUCAGCUGACAGCAGUGAGAUAUCAUCAAAGAGAGAUGAAGAAACCGAUGACAAAAACGAAUCAAAAUACAGCGAAGAGGAGGAGGAGGAGUCUGACAGAGAGGAGGAGGAGGAGUUGAGUGGGAUGAAGGUUAAAGCUCCCUACUACAGUUCUUGGGGGACCCUGGAGUACCAUAAUGCCAUGAUUGUGGGGACAGAGGACUUGGAAGACGGCAGCGCGGGAGUCAGAGUGCUGUAUCUCUAUCCAACUCACAAGUCUCUGAAGCCGUGCCCGUUCUUCUUGGAUGACAAGUGCAGAUUUAAAGAGAACUGUCGGUUUUCGCAUGGCCAGGUGGUUGCUGUGGAAGAGCUGCAGCCGUUUCAGGAGCCCAACCUGAGCGCGCUGGAGGUGGGCUCAGCCUGCCUGGCGAAACACAGCGAUGGGAUAUGGUACACUGCAAAAAUAACCGACAUUGACAGUGGUUACUACACUGUGAAGUUUGAUUCCCUGCUGCUCAGAGAAGCUGUUGUGGAAGGAGACAGUGUCAUUCCCCCACUGCGAAGUGAAGAUGGUGCUGAAUCUGCCGAGUCUGAUGACGACAGCGUUGAUGAUUCCGGUUACGCUAAAGUGAUAGAUUCGGGAGUUCCUGAGAACGGGGAAUGGACUCCGGCGUGCAGUUCCUCUUUUGGUGGCUGGGAAGCCCACACUCGUGGUAUCGGCUCCAAACUGCUUGUUCAGAUGGGAUACGAGUUUGGAAAAGGGUUAGGGAAGAAUGCUGAGGGCCGAGUGGAGCCGGUGCAGGCUGUGGUACUUCCUCGAGGGAAAUCCCUCGACCAGUGUGCUGAGGUGCUUCAGAAGAAGAAGCAGGGGAAGCUGGACCCAGGCAAAUCGAGGAAAUGCCGAGCGAAGGGAAACAGCUCCAGACAAUCCCCUGCGGGCAGCCGUAAGCCUCCCCACAACGUGUUUGACUUUUUGAAUGAGAAACUGCGAGGGAAGAGCGGUGGGGAGAAGGCUGGAGGGAUGGCACUGCCGGAGAGGAACAGCAAAGAGAUCUACCACGCUAGCAAGAGCACCAAGAAAGCCCUGAGUGUCCGCCUCUUCCAGACAAUGGAGAAGAUUGAACAAACGCAGAAGGAUAUCAGAGGAAUCCAGCAGGCCCUGGCACGCAACAUUGGACGGCACAGCAUUGCUACAGCUCAGCUGGAGGAGAAGCUGGCUAAUGCGCACAAACAGCUGGGGCAGCUGCAGGCCCAGGAAGCCAGUCUGCAGCGGGAGCAGAAGAAAGCAGACACGCAUAAGAAGAUGACUGAGUUCUAGUCUCUGAGGAAAAGCAUCUGACUGCAGUGAUUGUCCUUCUAGCCAGCCCCGGUGCCCGUGGCCUCGGCGCCUGGGUGAGCCAUCCUGCUCCUCCGGGCCUCGGGCUGCCCAGCCUGAAAACUGGGCUGAAAAGCAGCAGUUUCUAAAACUAGAUGCUUCUGAGCUCUGCUGGGAGGGGAGGGUGGGAGUACACAUCCGUCCAGCCCUGAAAGCAUUCCGUAAGCCUGAGCCUUGUAGGAGGACUAGCUACAAGAAAUACGAUUCUCUGCUCUCUUGCACACUUCUUUCCUCUGUUAUCACUGCGGUAGCACCUCCUUCCAGAGUCUGUAGCUACUCGGGGAUGACAUUGCUGGCUACGACCCAGCUGGGGAGGCUUUGAGAGCCCCACAUCCUGCCAUCAACUGUGGCUUGUGUUUGCAGCCAACUGACGAACACAAGUGGAGGCAGGGUCCCGAACACACUCUGGCGAAGCAGAAAAGGCUUGUGCUGGGUGAAAACAACAAAGGCAAAGCGCUCCAGCUGCUCUCUACCUUCUGGUUCUUGCUGUGGGAUUUAUCUGAGAACUCAGUUUUUUGGGGAGCAGUUCCUUGUAGCCCUAGUGUAAUGAAUAGACAGAAAACUGGCAGCUUGGAGGUGGGUACUAGUGGCCUCAAGCAUCAGAUUUCAUCAGUUUGACUGUAAGAGUAUCCCUAGGACAUGCUGUAGCGUAACUCCUUGACUUGGCAUGGAAAGCUGCGUGGUUCCACACGUAGAGUGCCAAAGCUGGGGGAAUAAGACGGCAGAGUAACGGAUUCUCAAACCUCCUAGCUAGGAACAACUCCACAGAGAGCCUUGUGAUUUUUUUUUUUUUUUUUUUUUUUUUUUUUUUUGCCAUCAUGACUUGAGUUUUUCUGUCCUAGGUGGCUCGCUGAACACAGGUCCUUUUAUUAAAAAACCUCAGGCCCCAGAUCUGGGUCGGGCUGGACCCCGGCUGAGCACAAAGAUCAGGAGGGGGCUGCAUGUGCCCAGCGUGCAGCCCCGUCUGUGGGCGAGCUUCAGGCUGUGCUGGAAGCAGGCCAGGCAAGCGGUGCCCUUCCCUGCAGCGUGGAGAGGCUUUGGGCAGAAAGGAUGUCUUCUCCCCUAGGUUAUAUCCUGCGUUGGUGGCAGCCAGUCCUUGCCCCAGAAGAGAUGGUGGUUUCAUCAGAAUCUGUUUCUGGUGGGACUUGUGCAUUGUAAUUGCUUGUUAAAAGAAAAUUUGUUUGCAAUUUCAUGCCAGUAUCUUAAGGACACUUUUUUUUUUUUUUUUCUUAAUUUAAGAAAUCGAUUUCCUUUUAUUCUGCGAGUCAUUUUUCUAAUGAAAAGUUUUUGUUCCUCUAGUACCACCUUUUUUUAUCUGUUCCUCAGAAACUUCUAAAGCUGUCAGCUUGGGCAGGGCUGCACCUCCUUAUAGGGUCAGGCUGCCAAACUAACCAGAAAAUCUAAGGCUGCAGGAGAUACGAUCAGAGUUGUUCAAGUCAUGUGGGAUUUAGCAUUGCUGCAGACACACCUCAGAAUAUACAGAGUGGCAGCAAAAAUAAACAAGAUGAACGUCUUCAGGAAACCUGUUAGAGUGACUUUCUCCUGUGGGAAAGCCCCUGGGCCCCGCUGGGGUGGGCACCAUGUAGAUGUGAAGGUGGCGUGGGCUGCCCUGAGCACUUCAGCAUCCAUCGGUUUCUGACUGAAUUGGCCGCGCUAUCUUCAUUGUUCUGAAGUCGUGUUCUCCGUGCACUGGGCUUAACUCAAGGGUUUAACAAUGGUUACUCAGUGCCCUUCCCUCACAAAUGACUGUUUGUUUCCCACACUCAAGUGUUGAGUGGUGACAAGGAUUAAUGUGCCCAGCUUAGCAUGGGUGCUCGCUGAAGUGGCCCGUGACUGGUGAGCCGAGCUGGGCAGGGAAAUUUCUUGGGUUUGUUUUGCGCUCUGACACUACUUAACAUCUCUUUAAGAAUUGGGUGUAUUUAGUGCUGUGUCUUGGCUAAGUUGUAGUUUGACCCUUUCUUGGGAUUUCCACAGCCUCACUUGUCAGACUCCUAUUCAAAUAGCUGCUGCCUCCCACCCAAGACAGUUCACAUCCCUGGUGAAUAAAGUUGGGUUUUAUUUCUUUCCCCUC